AUGGCAGCAUACACAAACAAAGAAUAUUACGAUAUGCUGAUGGCACUUGGCGAAUGUCAAGGACAGCAUUACUUAGCUGCAAGACGAUAUGCCGAAUUAUACCCAAAUCGAGAAAGACAUCCAUCGGCUCACGUCAUACUUGCAACAGCUCAGAGGCUACACGAGACUGGCAGUGUCCUUUCAAAUAAACACGACACUGGGAGAAAUCGCGAUACAAGAAAUUUGCAGAACACGGAGCAAAUUAUACGUGCUUUCGAGCAUAAACCCGAAACGAGUAUUCGGGUGGUUGCUCGAGAACACGAUUUAUCUUAUGCAACUGUGCAAAGAAUAUUGAAAGAAGAAAAGUUGCACGCAUAUCACUACACACGCGUGCAAGAUUUGCGACCAGAAGAUUUUCAAGCGAGACGUACGUUUUGCGAAAAUUUUCUGAGGAAA